AUGUCGAAGGUCACGCCGAUUAAGGGCGCACCGCCACCGGCCGACGACGAACCGGAGAUGACGGAAGAGGAGCGUCAGCUAGCGGACGGCGUAGCCAAGCUCGCCGAGCUGACCGCAAAGUACGAGCAGUCGCCGUACCUCCUCGAUCCGCGGUCGAGGUUGAUGAAGCGCUGGGACUUGAUCAUCGGGAUCGCGCUGGUGUACACCGCGACGAUCACACCGUACGAGGUGGCGUUUCUCGACAGCAAGGCGGGCGGGAGCACCCACCCGAGCCUGCCCACGUUCCCCAUCUACAUCAUAAACGUCAUCGUGGACCUGCUCUUCUUCGCCGACAUAGUCGCGCACUUCAACCUCAUAUACUACGACGAUCAGUUGGCGAACGGGACGUACGUCACGGACAGACGGAAGAUAGUGCGACGAUACAUGCGGGGUUUCUUCGUCGUGGACGUCGUGUCCAUCAUCCCGUUCCACGAGAUGGAAUCCGCGGGUGGCCUCAAGGCGCUCAAGCUGCUGCGUCUGCUGAGGCUGGUGAAGCUGCUCCGGAUCCUGCGCUCGGGGCGCAUCCUGAAGAGGCUGGAGGACAACUUGAACGUGGACUACAACGUGCUGUCGCUCGUGAAAUUCAUCCUCGGCACGCUGAUGAUCGCGCACUGGCUGGCGUGCCUGUGGAAGCUCACGGCGAGGACCGUCGCGGAGAAGGACGACUGGGUCACCAGGUACUACAGUAACUUUGUCGACGCGGACCUGUUUGCGACGUGCUACGCGGAGACGGAGCUCAACAACGAGCUGCACGCGUGCAUGAACCUGUCCCCGUGGAACAUGUACAUCGCGGCGCUGUACUGGGCGCUGGUGACGAUGAGCACCAUCGGCUACGGAGACGUCACGCCGACGCGAACCGAGGAGCGUUUCUUUGUCAUCCUCGCCAUGCUCAUCGGGACGUCGGUGUUUGCCUACGUCGUCGGCAGCGUGUGCGGGAUCGUCGCGAGCAUGGACAAGAAGAGCAACGAGCACCACGAGCGCAUGGACACCCUCAACGCGAUGUCCCGGGAGAUGCAGGUUGGCGACGAGCUCCAGAUGAGGCUCCGAGAUUACUUCCGAUACCGACACACCAGCACCAACAUCGAGGAAUGGUUCGAGCUGCUCGAGCUGAUGUCCCCGUCGCUGCGCGGCGAGGUGGCGCUGAAGCAGUGCGGAAGCUGGAUCAACAACGUCCCGUUCUUCUCGGGCGCCCCCGACGGCUUCAUCGUGGACAUCGCGCUGAAGCUAAAGACGGAGACGUUUCCGCAGGGCGAGGAGAUCGUCCACGCCGGGCAAAUCUCCACCAAGAUGUACAUCGUGGAGCGGGGCGUCGUGGGAGGUAAGGGGAGGGUGUUCACCAGCGGCAAGGUGUUCGGCGAGGAGGUUCUGGGCGGCGGGUCCCAGGCGGCGUUCACCGCGAGGGCCAUGACCUACUGCGACGUCUUUGGCUUGCUCGGGACGGAUCUGGACGACACGGCGGCGUCGUAUCCGGCGAUGCAGAAGCGGCUGCGGGUCGCCGGUUGCAGGGGCAUGAUCAAGGAUUCGCUGCUCGCGUUCGCGCAGGCGUGGGGUCACAUCGAGAAGGGGAUCAAGGUUAACCCCAACGGCGGCGUGGAGGACGCCGAGAGGGAUCCGCACGUCUCCGUCGCGGAGCUCGCGGUGGUUCGAAGGAAGGAUGACAUCUUUCGAUUCGCGCUCUCCGUCGCGAGGGACGGCUCGGCGAAGCCGACGCUGCCGUCGGAUCCAGCCGGGGCGUUCAAGGCGAUCAACCGGACGUUCAUCGACGACUCGAGCGGCGCGGGCGCGGGCGGGGACAAGGUUGACAGGGUGCUGAGCGCGGUGGAGCGGCUCGAGAGGAAGCUCGCGGCGCUGGAGGCGAGGAUUAAAUAAUUUAUGUGCUUUAGUUGUGUC